CUUCUGAAAAAUACAGCUUACAUUAGCCACCACAGAAGGACAAUAAGUUCAAUUUUAUAAUAUUAACCCCGGAAGUACGAUUUCGUGGCGUUAUGUGAAUAUGGGGUAGCUCAACUUCAGUGUUACAGGUUUUGCGAACCUGGAUUUGCAUUAAGUGACAGACUCGUUUAACAGGACUGAAGUCGGUCAGCCGGACUGGAAAGGAGAGAGGAGGUUAUCUGAAGACAGAGGACUGCUGACAUGCUCAUUAACUCGCAUUAUCAGAGGAAACAUUCACGGUGCUGCGGUUACUGAAGUCGUGCGGUUGUUGCCAAUGGAAAGCUCGUCAGUGUUUGGUGUUCGUCUGUCCCUAAAGCAAAGAUACUUUCUCCUGCUGUGUAUCGCUGUCGGAGCCAUAAUAGCGUAUCAGUUUACAAGGAAUCACCCUGAGGCGAGAAGAAUGAGCCGUUUGGAGGGUCUGAGGGCCAACUCGUCUCAGUUCACUCUGGAGACAAAACCCUUCCGCGUCCUGGGAGGCUCCAUCCAUUACUUCCGUGUCCCCAGAGCCUACUGGGAGGACAGGCUGCUGAAGAUGAAGGCCUGUGGCCUCAAUACUCUCACAACAUAUGUGCCAUGGAACCUGCAUGAGCCUGAGCGAGGGGUGUUCAACUUUGAGGAUCAGCUGGAUUUAGAAGCCUAUCUGCGUCUUGCUGCCAGCUUGGACCUCUGGGUGAUUCUACGUCCAGGGCCCUACAUCUGUGCUGAGUGGGAUUUAGGAGGAUUACCCAGUUGGCUGCUACGGGAUCAAAACAUGAAACUGAGAACAACCUAUCCCAGAUUCACUGAUGCAGUCAACUCCUUCUUUGAUCAGCUCAUCAAGAAAGUUGUUCCGCAUCAGUACUCCAAGGGUGGCCCAAUUAUCGCAUUUCAAGUGGAGAAUGAAUAUGGCUCCUAUGCUAAAGAUAAAGAAUACAUGCCCUUCAUCAAAGAGGCGUUAUUGUCAAGGGGCAUCACAGAGCUGCUGCUGACCUCAGACAACAAGGAAGGACUAAAGCUUGGAGGAGUGAAAGGAGUACUAGAAACCAUCAAUUUUCAGAAACUGAACCCGAAUGACAUCAGGUAUCUGGAUGAAAUACAACCCCAGAAGCCUAAGAUGGUGAUGGAGUACUGGUCUGGCUGGUUCGACCUUUGGGGAAACCUUCAUCAUGUAUAUUCAGCUGAGGACAUGAUACCUGUGGUCACAGAAAUCCUUAAAUUGGACAUGUCCAUCAAUCUCUACAUGUUCCAUGGAGGGACAAACUUUGGCUUCAUGAACGGGGCAUUUGCCAUUGGAAUGCCAGCACCUAAACCUAUGGUGACGAGCUAUGAUUACGAUGCUCCAUUAUCCGAGGCUGGGGAUUACACCACCAAGUACCAUCUUCUGAGGAAUUUAUUCAGCCACUACCACACUCAGCCUCUCCCUGAACUGCCCUCUCUCCGGGAGAGGAGAGCAUACCAGCCCGUUGUCAUCCAGCAGCACCUGUCUCUAUGGGACAGUCUGCAUUUCACUGACAAGCCUUUUAAGUCAGAGAGGCCGGUGAACAUGGAGAAUCUCCCUGUCAACAAUAAAAAUGGCCAGUCAUACGGCUACACGCUGUAUGCGACCACCAUCACCAGUGGAGGAGCCCUCAACUCGCAGAACAACAUCAGAGACAGGGCACUGGUUUUUGUGGACAAACUUUUUGUCGGUGUCCUGGAUUAUGAGACACAAGAACUAGCACUCCCUGAUGGGAAGGGAAGAAGAACUCUGAGUUUACUGGUGGAGAACUGUGGGAGAGUGAAUUAUGGGAAAACCCUGGAUGAGCAGCGCAAAGGUCUGAUUGGAGAUAUUGAGUUAAACAAGCGGCUCCUCCGAGACUUCGUUAUUCAUAGUCUGGAUAUGAAGCCAAGCUUUGUCAACAGACUUGAGAAUUCAGCCCACUGGAUGUCAAUGCGUCAGCGGCCCUCUUUCCCAGCAUUUUUCCAGGCCAGACUCUAUGUGAACAGUUUUCCCAGAGACACCUUCAUCAAACUCCCUGGAUGGAUUAAAGGUGUCGUCUUUAUCAAUGGCAAGAAUCUUGGACGGUACUGGUCCAUCGGCCCGCAGCAAACUCUCUACGUCCCAGGCCCCUGGCUUCACAGGGGGGACAACCAGGUCAUAGUGUUUGAAGAGCAGGAAACAGAUGGUAAGAUCCAGUUCGCCAGCAGCCCUGACUAUGGCAUGGCUGUCGAUGUCCAGUGAGGACAGGAGGUCAGAGGGGAGGGAGGGUGCAGAGAGGAGGAGGAGGAGGAGAAUGUAGAGGGGAUGAUGGGACAGAGGCGACAGGCCGUGAGUUUCAUCGACACAGACACGGACACCCAGCCGUGACCAGCAGCACUCAAAAGUGACACGUCAGUAAACAUGACAUUUUGUGUACUACCAGAAAACGCAGACGCGGCAGUGUAACCAGCUUCCUCACAAUAAUUUCUCAUUUAGUGACUGUAUUUACAACAUUCUGUCCAAUCUUUUUUAUUCAAUUUAGCAUAGUACCAACUUAACCUCUGCUCAUACACUGUACCUUUGGAGACCAGGGGAGCGGGACAGAGAAUGAUCUUGAUUAUAAUGAAGUGCUAGAAAAUAUCCUCUUCUCACAGAAUUAAUUUAUAAAUUACAUCCAGGCUGUAUAAAAAGGAUAUGUGAAUAAAGACUGGUAUGACCUCUGUGUCAGUAUCCAAAGCCAAGGAAGCUUGUGAACUGCUUUAUUUAUCCUGCAGACUGAGAUCUUGUUUGACAUGGCACUGGUCGCUUUUCAAAUUUACCUUCUUGUGAUGUGCUGUGAGCUCCUGUGGAGGAGUCAAGCUCACGAGUCGUGUUUGAAGAUCAUUUUUUUUGAAAACCCAUCUGUUGUGUGUGGUACUAACCUGCUGCAGUUACUUUCUUCAAAGAUUGAUGGCACGGUGAAGCUGUGUUGUCACAUUUGAAGACCUGGCAGUUUAAGCAUAAAUGGUAUAAUAAGUAUAGGUAAUCUAUAAAUUGAUAGGUUGUCAGGUUUCCUG